AUUCCGUGGCCGCGGUCCUUCCGGAGGGUUCGACGGUAAAAAGUGGGCGUGGUUUGACUCCGCGAUAAUGGAGUGAUAGAUUUUGACAGUUCUAGCAAGGUGUCGAGUUGGUUCCUUCGCUCGUCCCUGUAUUAUGAGCUAACCAAAAUGUCCGUCAACUUGACGAAAAACAAGGACUCGCUGGUUGCGGCCUGGCACAGCGUGGUAGACGAUAAAUCACCCACCGACUGGGCAGUAUUUGGGUACGAGGGCCAAACGAAUAACCUAAAAGUCGUUGGAACUGGAUCAGGAGGAUUAACGGAGAUGAUUGAGGAUCUGAACAGUGGUCAGGUUAUGUAUGCCUUUUGUAGGGUGAUCGACAGUAAGACGAGCUUACCUAAAUGUCUGUUAAUAAAUUGGCAAGGCGAGGGCGCGCCUAUAGUGAGAAAAGGGACUUGUGCAAAUCACAUCAGGGACAUCGAGAAAUUAUUGAAAGGUGCCCACAUCACUAUUAAUGCUCGCUGCGAAGACGAAAUGGAAGUGGAUUUAAUAAUGGAGAAACUAGCACGAGCCACUGCAUCGGCUUUCAAAUUUAAUGAACCACGUACGGAGAACAAUGUACAGCCUGGAUCUAUCGGAACUUCUUACCGCAGAGUAAUUCCAGAACAAGAAAUAAAUGCCAUCGAAAGGGACAAAUUCUGGCAAAAAGAGGAAGUGGAGGAGAAGCAACGAUUACAGCAGGAACGCUCGCGCUGGAAACAGGAACGGCAAAAACUGGAACAAGAAAUUAAACUUCGAGAACAGACUGAGAACGAGAGAAGAGAGCGGCAGGUCUCACCGAAGAAAUCGAACGUGGAGCACAAGCAAUCCGAGGAGGCUGCCCAGGUGAUAAAGAAUCGACAGAACCAGAGCUACAUGAUGAACGACUCAAGCGAGGAGUCCAAACUAAGAAGUACGGAGCUGCGAUCAGAGAGAACGAAGGAGACGCAAGAGUUGCUGGCCCAGCGCACCAUAAAUGCGAAGGCCAUAUUCGAGAGGAACGAAAAGCAGAAUGAAAAGCAGAACGAGCCGCCCAGCCAGGUGAAAUCAGUGCACCGAAACGCCGAAGUAACGAAGAAAUCCCCCGAGCGAAAGGUAGAGCCAUCUAUCGAGAAGGAAGAGGAAGAGGCGACAGUGGAGCCGCCAGUGAGCGCCAACAAAACCACUCAGCCUCAGAGUAGUACGGUCCCUCCUCAGACCCAGGUUAACGACUCGAAGUCACAGUUAACCUGCCAAGAUACGCAGCAGGUUCCUCCGGCAUUAAAUAGUACGACAAUAAAGAGUGAGUCGAGCGAGCCAGAAGGAGGCUCUUAUCUUUACUUUGACCCCAACAACGAGGGGAUGACGGCUAGGGCCUUGUACGACUACCAAGCUGCGGACGACACUGAGAUAACCUUCGACCCUGAUGACAUUAUCACACAUAUCGAUGCCAUCGACGAAGGCUGGUGGCAAGGUCUCGGACCCGAUGGGACCUACGGACUCUUCCCUGCUAAUUACGUGGAGGUGAUCGAGUACAGAAAAACGUGAUCGGGGUGCUUAACCUCGGAAAUCCACUCGGUAGGGCCUAGGUGACUUAUCGACGCCAGUACUUCCAAUAACAGUGAUUGAUAGAGUAGCAUAAGAAGGCCCCACUUAAAUGUAAAAGUAACCCUAUAUGUCAUUGGCAAUCCUGGAUUUUUUUUCCUAUCCCCGGAUAGCUAUCCUGGCGAUAAAAGUAUCUGCCAGAUAAAGGUUUGGUUUCUUUUCACUGAACAGGA